AUGAAAAGAUACUUUCCAAGCAAAUGGAUUAGUUGUGCAGCAGAUGAUUCUCUGUUCAAGUCAUGGUACCUUUCUGCACAUGGUCACAAAGAACCUGUACUUUCGGUUGCUUUUAGUCCUGAUGGGCGGCAUUUGGCAAGUGGCUCUGGAGAUAUCAGUGUUCGUCUGUGGGAUCUUAAUACUCAAACACCACUGUUUACAUGUAGAGGACACAAGAAUUGGGUUCUUUGCAUUGCAUGGUCACCGGAUGGUAAACAUCUCGUGAGUGGGAGCAAGGCUGGAGAGCUCCAAUGUUGGGAUCCUCAGAAAGGAAAGCCAUCAGGCAGUCCACUUGUGGGCCACAAACAAUGGAUUACUGCUAUCUCUUGGGAACCGGUCCACUUGAAUGCCCCAUGUCGUCGGUUUGUUAGUGCUAGCGAAGAUCAGGAUGCACGCAUAUGGGAUGUUUCAUUAAGGAAAUGUGUUAUCUGUCUCACUGGUCAUAAAGGUGGAAUAACUUGUGUGAAAUGGGGUGGAGAUGGAGUAAUUUAUACUGGCUCCAAAGAUUGUACCAUCAAAGUCUGGGAGACUUCACAGGGGAAGUUAAUUCGGGAAUUGAAGGGUCAUGGGAAUUGGGUAAACUCCAUAACUUUGAGCACUGAUUAUGUUCUUCGUACUGGAGCUUUUGACCAUACUGGCAAAGUAUAUUCUUCGCCAGAGGAAAUGAAAAAGGUUGCUCUGGAAAGAUACAACAAAAUGAAAGGCAAUGGCCCUGAGAGAUUAGUUUCAGGUUCUGAUGAUUUUACUUUGUUUCUCUGGGAACCUGCCGUUAGCAAACACCACAAAACUCACAUGACAGGUCAUCAAAAGCUUGUAAAUCAUGUUUACUUCUCACCUGAUGGGCAAUGGGUGGCUAGUGCUUCAUUUGAUGGGUCAGUCAAGUUAUGGAAUGGUGUUACUGGAAAAUUCGUUGCUGCUUUUCGAGGACAUGUUGGGUGUGUUUAUCAAAUCAGCUGGUCAGCUGACAGUAGGCUUCUUUUAAGUGGAAGCGAAGACUCCACGCUGAAGGUUUGGGAUAUAAGGACACGGAAGUUAAAACAAGACCUUCCUGGCCAUGCUGGUGAGGUAUACGCCAUUGAUUGGAGUCCGGAUGGCGAGAAGGUAGCUUCUGGAGGUAAGGAUGGGGUACUGAAGUUAUGGAUGGGCUAGACCUAGCAGAGGAGUAUAUCGUGGAAAUGUCAAACCACACAAUAUUUGGCAACUUCAAUGGACAGCAAACGAUGUGAUAAUAUCUUGACACUUAGCAGUGGGCAGAACAGCAUGAUAAAAGAAAACUAAAAGAAAUGUCUAUAGAAUGGUCAGUGGAAAAGCAAGCAAGCCUAUUUUCACUGUAAUUUUGGAAUCAUUGUUCGUGGUGUUUGCAGAUUACAAAUUAGGAAUCUAGGGCCAUAAACCAUGUUAGUAAUUUUAAAAAAUAACAAACAGAAGUUAAAACAGGCAUCUUUUAUUUCUAGCAAAUAUUGGAAAAUCAGUCUUUCUGCUGUCAUAAAUGGAAAAGUCCAUUAUUUAUUUUUCAA